GAUUUAAUAUAAGUUCCUUAAAAUGUGCUUUAUUGAUAAGCCUACCCAUUUAAAAAUUAUUAAAAGUCUGUUUUCACUUGCUCUAAUCGCUUCUGCGUUUUUUGAAUAUUGGUAUUUAAUAACCCCGCAAGGUAAAAAAAUUUAUUUGAAAUAUUUCAUAUCGUAUAACAUUAUCCUUGUGGGCCCGAUCAAUAGACUUAUAUUAAUUGCUGCAGUGUGGAUUAUUGAUCAAUGGAAACGACUAUGUGUAAUUAAUGCACUAUGUUUGCCAGUAUCUCAUUUAGUGUAUACCUAUCUGAUUAUCAACAAUCCCAAUAUAAAUGUUUUGGAUUGGCACGACCCUCCUAAAUGGACUUUUGAAAGCAAUAAUUCGUUUGGCCGUCGGGCUAUAGAGAUGAUUAUUACCUUCAUUAUUCUUGGAUUUAUUCCAUUUGCGCUCGUGAUUUAUUAUAUGUGGGUCAGACGUACUGACCGUCGUGAAGAGGAUUGGUUGGAUAUUUAAAUUUAGAGAACAUUUUCGAUGAUAAAUGUACAAUUGUGAAGAAAUUUUGACAAAUAAAGUUUAACGUGUCUAGUG